AUGGCGCCCAAAUCAGUCUCCGUGACUGUCAAGUAUUCGAAGCCGGGAACCCAGCCCCCGCUCUUCCUCGCUGGUUCCUUCUCCGAUCCAGCAUGGCAUCCACAAGAGAUGCAGUAUACAACGAACGAAGCCGGCGAGCACGAAUUCUAUAAAGAGGUUCAAGCUGAGGAGGGGAAUGUAUAUCAAUACAAGUUUCGCGUUGGUGAGGGCGAUUGGUGGAUGUUGAACGAGGAUUCGCCUACAGUUACCGAUGACGUUGGCAACCGAAAUAAUCUUCUUUCUAUCCCCGAGAGCGAAGAGCCAAUUGCACAACCCAAACACGACGAACAUCCACCGGCAGCAGCGGAGGCGACCUCACAUCCUGUUGCAGAGAUGGCGAGCACAAUUUCAGAAGCACUUGCAGGCAAAAAGAUAGUCGAGGACGCCCCGAUUGAUACCAAAGGCGAGGGAAGAGAAGUCGAGACGUCAAAAGAGCAAGCAGAGCCUAAGGAUCACACCAUGAUCACACCCGCACACACGAACACACCAGUUCCAGAGUCUGUUGAAGACGCAGAGGAGGCAGACGCAGAGGAGGCGGUCGAGAUCCCAAAGAAAGUUCAAUUAAACGUACAUCACGUCCAUGAAGACGCCAGUAUUACCCCAGCAGCAGCCGAAGAUGAUAGUGCGCGCACACAACACGUCGCAGACUCUCUCCUACAUCCUACCGAUACUGCUCAUUCUCAAGAAGCAGGACGCCAAACUGAUUCGGCUUCCCUCGCUCCAUUUCUUCCCGGAACUCAUGAACCAACCUCCACACCGGCAGUUCAAGUUGAUCAACCAUCGUCAGAGACAACAAACUCAUCGCCAACCUUGAUCAUCGAAAAGGUAGACGAUGAACUACGACAUGGGGAUGAUUUCGGAUCGGCAGCAACGGUUGGACAGAAGGAUGCGCAUCUCCCCCGCUCCCGGGACGCUGAGCCAGACCAUGUGGUCGUGAGAUCAGAGUCUCGCACGCCAGAACUUGCUGAUACCGCUGCUGAAGUUUCCGAGUCCGCUGCCUUGCUUGACAGGGACAGAGAUCCACCCACACCACCGAUGUCCGACGAAGAGGCUGGACGUAUUGGUUACAGAAGAAUGUCAAGUACCCCGAUUCCCGAGGUCGCAAAGACAGCUGCAGAGGUUGCGGAUGUUGCUGCUACGCUCGAUGAGCGACCUACACUUCACCUUGAAACUGCACCCCAUGCGUCAGAAAUCCAAGAAGAUGAUGAGGAAGAUCUUCUGGAUUCUGGUGCGAGUACUCCAGCAUCCCAGAAAGCCCCAAGAUUUGCGUAUGAAUGUCUCGGCGAGGAUGAUAUCGGUGUUCCCGCACUUCCGACUCGUAGCCAACCUCCCAUCGAUCCGCUUGAGCCCGUCCGUUCGCCAUAUGACGAAGCCGUGGCUGUCGAUUGGAAUGAUCCUUCAAUUGAGAUAUUCCCUACUGACCGAACAUCAAUCCUCGACACGAUUCGGAGGCUCUCAGAGCGCUUGCCUGAAGACGUCCCUGAUUUGGAUAUCGUUCCGCCAUCCCCCGUUAUUGGACCAAACGGUCAACCUCUUGAAGGACGGUCGCCAGCGCCAUCGCCAGCCGUGGUUCCGCAUAAAAUUUCACCGUCUCUUGAUUCGAUCACCGAAGAAAAUGACGAUCUGCAAGAAACACUUGUCUUAAUGCCUAAAGUCUCGAAGUUGGCAUCCAGAAAUGGAGAGAAAGAGAAUAAAGCCUUGAGCAAGUGGUUGGAUGACAGCAUUGCAGCGCCUAAAGAAACCGAGAAGGCAAGCUUGGAUGGUCCUCAUGAAGCUGUCGAGCCCGAGUCCACUGAGUCGACUGAAAUCGGACCAGAAAAGAUUACUACGAAGCCAAGUGUUGAGGUCGAGCCAACUAUGCAGGCAAAGGACGAAGUCGAAUCAAAGGAGACUCCAGAUGGGAAAGUUGCAGAAGAAAAUCACCAGCCUCAAUUUUCAAAUAUCACCGAGGUUGAGGAGGCGACUGUCGAAAAGACAGAAGAGUCGCCCAGUGUUGAAGUACCACGAGCUAGCGGCGAGCCAGAAAUGACGAGCAAAGAGCAGAGAGAAGAGAGAACGGCGGCACCAGAGGGGAUUUCGAGUGAGGUCAAUGAAGUCGGCCCCGAGACCCCCCUUCCUGCGCCUGUCGAGCAGACUUCGAGUGAGAAACCCCACGUACCCUUGCCAACUACCCCAUUCGUGGUUGGCGACAGACAACUUGGUCAUGACGAUGAAGUUCGUGAGAUAUCCACAGACGGCGAUAGUCCAAACAUCACAGUCCAACCAGCAACCCCAGCUGCACUGAAGACAGAAUUCGUCCAGAAGCCACUCGACGCUGCAAAGAGCACAGGCAUCGAAGAAGAGAACGGCCGCCAAGUCAAGUCCCGGAAGAACCCCAGAUCCCAAUCGCCAGAACGACCCAUCACACCCAGCUCCAUGCGUUCAGCCACCAGAGACACCAAAUCCAAGAACCUCCUGAAGGCGUUCUGGCGUGUCGUGUUCGUUGAUUGGAUCGGAGGACUGAUUCGUGCACUCUGCGGUGGCAGAGGCAGUUAUACGCUGCUGGCGGUAGGCGCAAUUGUCCUGGUUGUCAUUGCCCCUACUUUGUAUUCCUCAUGCACUGGCUUCUCCCUCUGGGGAUAG